UUUCCCUAAAAUGCAAUGCAAAUAUCAAACACCAAGGAUCUAAAGAUGGCUUCUCUUAAUGUCAGAGACUUGAACAACACUCGCAAGGCUCAAAUGGAACUGGUGUUCUUCAAUCGAGUCCCCAAGGUGGGAAGUCAAACCUUUAUGGAGCUCCUUCGUCGUCUUUCGGAGCGAAACAACUUCCAGUUCCAUCGGGAUGCUGUGCAGAAAGUGGAAACCAUAAGAUUGGCAGAAGAUCAGCAACAGGAAAUGGCUGAGGUGAUCAGUGAACUCCCAGAGCCGUCGGUUUUUAUAAAGCACGUGUGCUUCACCAACUUUACGAAGUUCAACUUACCCAAGCCGAUUUACCUGAAUGUGGUGCGUGAUCCCGUGGAGCGAGUGAUCAGUUGGUUCUACUAUGUCAGAGCUCCGUGGUACUUUGUGGAGCGUAAAGCUGCAUUUCCGGAUCUACCUCUGCCACAUCCGGCCUGGCUGAAAAAGGACUUUGAGACUUGUGUACUGAGCGGUGAUCAGGAGUGCACUUACACCCAAGGAGUCACCGUCGAGGGCAUUGGCGAUCAUAGAAGGCAGAGCUUGUUUUUCUGUGGCCAUGACUAUGAAUGCACACCCUUUAACACUGUGGGUGCUUUGGAAAAAGCCAAGUUCGCUGUGGAGCAACAAUAUGCCGUUGUGGGAGUUCUGGAAGAUCUGAAUACUACACUGUCAGUGCUGGAAAAAUAUGUGCCCCGAUUCUUUGAGGGUGUUAGAGAUAUAUAUGCAACCAGCGCCGAAUACUUGACAAAGAUCAAUAAAAACAACUUCAAGCCGCCGGUCAGUGAGCAUGUUAAGGAUAUAGUACGUCGCAACUUUACAAACGAGAUCGAGUUCUAUCAGUUCUGUCGCCAGAGACUCCACAAGCAAUAUCUGGCCGCCCAUUUGCCGCAGCGCAUUAUUACAGAUUCGGCACAACAUUUACCCGCCCUCUUGGGCAAUUAAAUUGUAA